AUGACAGUCUCUUCCACAGCUCAGUCUCUCAAGGCCUCUGUGCCAACAGUUGCACACGCGGCAGAUAUGCCCCAUCGGACGCUUAGCAAGUCGAUGACAUUUGCCAAUCUGGACCAAUACCGAUACUGGCAUGCCGUGGGUCCAAUGCUGGGGAAAAUGCUCUCCAACGGCAACUACAAUAUCCAUCAGCAAUAUGAAUAUCUGAGUCUUUUUGCGCAUGUCAUAAUCCCAAAGCUGGGACCAUUCCCUGACGGAAGGGACAUAUACAAAUGUCUGCUCGGAGGCACCGGCUCCGUGGAGCUUAGCCAGAAUGUCCAGAAAUUAGGCCUGACUGCACGGGUUGCGUUCGAGCCCACAAGCUACAUUUCUAGCACCGGAGUUGAUCCGCUCAACCGACACACGGUGCAUGCUACCCUGGCCGAGUUGAGGGCUAUCGGGUCGGCCACGGUUGAUAUGGAGCUGCAUCAAAUGCUCGUCAACGAGCUGACCUUGACCGACCGCGAAGAAAAACUCAUGUCUCCCGAACAAAUCUCAGGAACUGCGUGGAAGACGCAGAUUCUACUUGCUUUGGACUUGGGACAGACCGGUAUCACGGUGAAAGAAUAUUUCUAUCCGGCAAUUAAAGCUAGUGUCAUAGGGCAAAGCGUGGCCGAGUUGUGCUUUUCUGCUAUUCGGAAAGUGGACAAGCAAGGAGUUUUCGAAUCUGCGAGCAAAUUCAUUGAGACAUAUAUGCAAACUCAGAGCCAGACAGACCUUUACUUUUUGUCCUGUGAUCUGGUUGAUCCAGCAGAAACUCGGAUCAAGCUGUAUCUGAUGGAGCUAGACAUGCGGUUGGCAAAGGUCGAGGAGCACUGGACAAUGGGUGGCAAGCUCGGUGACGAAGAGACAUUGCUUGGACUGGAAAUGCUGAAGGAGCUGUGGGUAGACUUCGGUAUUAUCGAAGGCAUGCGGGAUGAACCGGAGCGGCCGUCGCAGCCUGGAGACCCAGACACCAUUGUUCCCUUUAUCAUGAACUACGAAAUGAAUCCCGGCGAGCCGUUGCCCAAGCCCAAAUUCUACUUCCCCUUGGUCGGAAUUUCCGAGCUGAAAAUUGCCAAUGUGCUCACUGCGUUCUUCGAACGCCACGAAAUGCCCGAGCAGGCCGCAGUCUAUCGCGACAAUUUGCAAACAUACUACCCCAGCAAGGACUUGGCUGUCGCGACGGAUCAUCAGGCAUGGAUGUCCUUUUCAUACACUAAGAAGAAAGGACCGUACCUCACCAUGUACUAUCACUAG